GCCCAGUCCAAAGUCACACUGGUGGCACUGUACAGCUGUGGGGGAGCCAUGCCGGGUCCCCGUGCCCUCCCCAGCCCCACUGAGGCUCUGCCAGGCAGAACAGGGCGGCUGCAGGUGGAGGCCACCCACGCCGUCACCGGGAACCCCACGCUGCCUCCAUUCCCCCCUCAGAUGCAGACAGCGAUUUUCGGCAUGGGCUGCUUCUGGGGAGCAGAGCGGCUCUUCUGGGAGAUGCCGGGGGUCUUCUCCACCCAGGUGGGAUACGCAGGGGGCUUCACCCCCAAUCCCACCUAUGAGGAAGUGCGCUCAGGGCGGACGGGGCACGCCGAGGUGGUGCGAGUGGUGUUCGACCCCCAUAAGAUCAGCUAUGAGGAACUGCUGAAGGCCUUCUGGGAGAACCACGACCCCACACAGGGGAUGCAGCAGCAGGAGGACGUGGGCACCCAGUACCGCUCCAUCAUCCUCACACUGAGCCCCCAGCAGCAGGCAGCUGCACUGCGCAGCAGGGAUGCUUACCAGCAGGAGCUGAGCCAGCAGCACCGAGGGGGCAUCACCACCAGCAUCGAGCCGGCCCGUGACUUCUACUACGCCGAGGAUCGGCACCAGCAAUACCUGCACAAAGUGCCCGGCGGGUACUGCGGCCUGAAGGGCACCGGGGUCCCCUGCCCCAUUGCACACUGAAAUCACUGUGCAUCCCCUGUAUCAUGUCCCCACAUCCCCACACUCCACACUGGGAAAUUAAAGCUGCACCCCCUUCAUCACCC